AUGAAGGCCUUCUUCCGUGGGAAGGGGGGGAAGGUGACGCAGGCGGUUUCUCUGACGCCAAAUUCUCACAAGAAGAAAAGACCGUCGUCCCGCGGGCAGAAGGAGAAUGUUGAUCCUCUCCCCUGUUGGCCGUUGUCGGAGAAUUGUUCAUUACGGGCGCCAUCAGUGCCAGGCAGAGCUCCACCGGCUCCUGCAGGCCGUAGCCCCCUGCCUCCCAGGCCCCCACCUAAUCCCAGCGAGACGCCUUUCAAGAAGAAGAAGCUGAACUUAGAGAACACGCCUGGGAAUGGGGCGCCGGCUGCCACCGUCUUGGAUUCUGGAGUGCAGGUAUUCUCAUCUUCUGGAAUGGAAAAGAAGAGUGGCGCCUUGUAGUUUUAAAUCCUCGAGGGAUGAAUGCAGUGGACUCAUCUUUUUUAUUAUGAAGAUAAUUGUGCGAAUGCGGCCGCCGAAGGAGGAGGAGGAAGGGAACCAGAUUGUGCAAAAGAUGUCCGCUAAUUCCAUUUCUAUAAUCGAUCAUACCUUCACUUUCGAUGCUGUGGCUGAUGCCAGAUCCACGCAGGUGGUACUCCCAGGAGGCUAUGAAUUUUACACCCGAAACGUUUUAAAAUGCUCUAUGACUUAUGACUUUGAAUUCACCAUCAGGGGGAUAUAUUCCAACUCGUGGGGCUCCCACUAGUGGAAAAUUGUUUGGCUGGAUUCAAUAGCUCCAUUUUUGCGUACGGACAGGUACCUUUUCACUUACAGACGUGGUUCCUCUCUCUCUCUCUCUCUCUCUCUCUCUCUCUCUCUCUCUCUCUCUCUCUCUCUCUCUCUCUCUCUCUCUCUGGAUACAUACAUACAUACAUACAUACAUACAUAUAUGUACAUAUAUGUAUAGAGAUACAACCUCCCCACCCCCCCACGGCUCCUUUUGUUUCAAUAACGAUUGGAUCUAUGCAGACUGGCAGUGGAAAGACUCAUACUAUGUGGGGCCCCACAAGUGCCUUGUUGGAAAAUGGCUCAUUGACUGAUGAACGAGGACUGAUGCCCCGUGUCUUUGAUCAGCUCUUCGCACGAAUAAGUCAGGUCGAUAUAAAAAUCACAUCACUCUAUGUGUCUGUGCUUUCUAUAGUUGAACCUAAAAGAAUUUGUUCUCUCUCCAGGAGGAGCUGAAGCAUUCUGACAGGCAACUGAAUUUUCAGUGUCACUGCUCAUUUCUGGAGGUGAUCUACUUUUUACUCCUCGAUGAAUAAUUUUUUGGCGGUCUUCCACAUUCAACUUGAAUAUUCGGUUUUUUUUUACUCCCUUACAGAUUUAUAAUGAGCAAAUUACGGAUUUGCUGAACCCAAGUCAGAGAAACCUUCAGGUUCCUGUUUAAGCCUCAUUGAAUUAUUAUUCUACUCCAAUUCAUAUAUUUGAUGGGUGUUCACUGGGAUGUGCGUGAAUAUCUUCAGAUAAGGGAAGAUGUGCGGAUUGGUGUUUAUGUUGAUUGUCUCUCAGAGGAGUAUGUGUGCAACAUUAAGGAUGUUGCUCAACUGUUAUCAAAGGUUAUGUGAUUUCCAGCUUUUUAUUGACUCACAAGCUUAAAUGAGUACGUUAUUAUGGAUCUCUUAUUAGUUCUUAACACAAAGAUUCAGGCUUUGUGCCAGAUUAAUCUCUAAUUGUGUUACAUUCGGUUGACUUCUUUUAAUUCAAAAGAAACUCAACAUUAAGGGAAUUAUCCGCCUGCACUUUAUCGAUCCAUACCAAAUUCACAUGAAAAUUUGACAGCAGAUAUGAAAAACUUGUCGAUCUAUAUUUCUUCCAUCUGCCUAAAUCUAAAUUACUUUUUUGGGAGAUUUUUCUUCUCUUAAAAGAUGUAGUCACUUUCUUGGCGAAAAGUUACAUUUUCAAGAUAUAAGAUACAUUUUUUGCUGUUCAGGCAACCAGUUCGUCUGAUGGUGUUUCCAUGUUGAAACAGGGUUUGGCGAAUAGGAGGAUCAGUGCAACAAGUAUGAAUGCAGAAAGUUCGCGCUCACAUUGUGUUUUUACCUGUGUUGUCGAGUCUCGUUCGAAGGUAAUAUUUCGGAAUUUUAAUUGAUUGGGAUUUACGCUCAAGUUUGGUUUCUACUAUUUCUGAAUUUAGUGAACUUAAGUGGUGAAAACUUCUAUGUAUCUUGUGUUGUUUAUUGAAGGAUAAUGAUAGUCUGUAGCUGCUUUUUACUCUUCUACGGCUACAUGUAUUGAAUUGCAUCCUAACCCUCCCGCUCAUUUCAUAUGUUGUAGUCUAUUGCCGAUGGUAUAAACAGCCUGAAGAUAAGUAGAAUCAACCUUGUUGAUUUAGCCGGAUCAGAACGGCAGAAACUAACUUGUGCAGCAGGGGAACGCUUAAAGGAGGCAGGGAACAUCAACCGAUCCCUUUCCCAGCUCGGGUAUCAUUUUGACCCCAAAGAAAUGAGACAGUCGUCUUCUGAUUAUGGAGAUUUUCGCAUGGGAAUAUUAAAUGCCAUUUUUUGAAGAUUCGUUUUUCAACUCAUAAAAUCAGUCAUAAAACUUGAGGUUCUUAUGUAAGACCGUUUUUCUGGCCAUUAUCGUAUGCCAAUUUUGAGUGUUUGGUAUGUCAAUUAGACGAAAGGUUUUUACCAAUUUUUAUUAUAUAUAUAUAUAUAUAUAUAUAUAUAUUCCCAAACAGAUACUUUCAUUUUCUUGUUCAUUGCAUGUUGAUGUUUUCACCGUUUGAUGUUAACUAAUGUAGUGAACACAGAAUGUACGUCUUUCACGACUUGUUAAGAAAAGUUCUGGUUGUAGCUUUUCACUAUUUUUUAUGAUAAGCAGUCAUUGGACAGGUGAUGCUCUCUUUUAUCUAUGUCAUUGGCAUCUCGUAUUGUCACUGAUUCUGGGUUUGUUGUUUUUGAAACUUCAGGAACGUGAUCAAUAUCCUUGCAGAGGUUUCUCAGUCAGGAAAGCAGAGGCAUAUUCCAUACAGGGAUUCGAAGUUGACAUUUUUACUGCAGGAAUCUUUAGGUGGUAAUGCAAAGCUAGCAAUGAUAUGUGCUAUCUCACCGUCACAGAGGUAGUUAGACUCUACAUUUUCCCCACAAAUAUUGAGUUCUCUCUUUAUCAUAGAGAUCCCUGUUUAAAUGGUGGAACUCAUUGAUGCAGCUGCAAGAGUGAAACAUUUAGUACGUUAAGAUUUGCACAGAGAGCCAAAGCCAUACAAAAUAAGGCAGUUGUAAACGAAAUUAAACAAGACGAUGUCAAUGUCUUGCGAGACCAGAUACGUCAGCUGAAGGUAACAUUCUGAUUUGUGAUUUUUAUAGGUGAAUAGUUAUUUAAUUUUCUCUGCUUCCAUUUUCUCGCCGAUUAGAUAACUGCCCUAUGUUAGCUUUAUCUCUUUUUUAAUGGAAGGGUAUUUUUCUCUAAAAGUGGACUCCCACAUCAACUGCUGAAUAUCCUGAUAACUGUCUCAAUGACUUGUUUCCUGACUUGUACAUCUACAGGAAGAACUUCUGAGGAUGAGGUCUGGUGUUUCUGCUGAAAGUAAUGGAAGUUAUUCAACAGGAUGGAAUGCAAGGAGAAGUCUCAAUCUAUUGAAGAUGAGUCUGUGUCGUCCUACAAAAUUACCCGUAAUUGAUGAUGAGAAUGAUGAAGAAAUGGAAAUUGAUGAGGAAGAUGUGGAGAAGCCAUGUACACAUUUAUAUCCACAGUCAAGAACAAAAGAAGAAAAUGACAAGGAUGUGCGCAGAGGAUCUCUACAGAAGGUGAAUCCAGAGGAAUCUUCACCAGAUAGUGACGGCGAUAAGGCAACCGAUGAAGAGACCAUUCCGAAGCUAGCGACAACUGUAAGAUCUUCUCGCUGUUGCCAGAUCCCUAAGAAAGCUGCUGGUUUGGAAUGCUGUGAAUCUGGUGACCCGGAAAUGUCUGUGCCAUUUAGUAGUAGCUUUAGAGAAGAUUCUACUCCAGAAACGGCAGUAGCUUUACAAGAUUGCACAUCACUGAACAAUAAGAGUUCGUGCGCAGAAACAUCUGCAUGCUUCAACAGUAGUGCUGAUAAGAAAGAAAUCAAUGUCUCGGGUUUAGAUUCUCAUCAUAAUUCUACAUCUGCAUCCCCUGAUUCUGCUCCAUGUGAUCUUAGUGUUGUAGCACACGACUCAUCUCUAGAUCUUCAUUCUCCAAAUUUGAGAAUCUCGCAGGCAGUUGACAAUAAUACAAAAGAAGGUCUCAAGAUAUCCUCAUUAUUGUCAACACCUCACGAUGGUCUGUUGGAGAGCCAAAAACCUGGCCCUGAAGGUACAAACCUCUCCUUUGCUCAGCUAAAAUGCAGCAAAAGUUUGACAGCUCUGGUGCCAAGAGAGCAUUUGGCAGCUAGUCUGCAUCAUGGCCUACAAAUUCUUGAUAGUCACAUGCAGAAAUCACCUGUUGGACGUUCUUCAGUCAGGUUUUCAUUCAGACCAGUGGAUAUUAAGCCACUGUCGACGGUUGUCACAAACGACGUUGGCAUACAAACAAUAUCCUCUGAAUUGGAAGUAGCAGACAAUGAACCUGCGUUCGUUUGCAGCAAUUGCCAGAAUGAGGCACCUUUACUUGAACAUAGACAUCCAACUGACUGUGACGAACUGCCCAUAGUUCCUUCAGAUGGAUUACAGUCUGUGCAGAAAAGCAAGAAACAACUUCCAAAGGUAUGUUCCUUACCGUCAGUACCAUGUGAUUCAUUUUUGGCAUCUUAAUUCCUAUUUGACGAUGACUCUUGAGAUGCAUAUCUUCCUCUCGUUUAGGCUGUGGAGAAGGUUCUGGCUGGGGCUAUCAGGAGGGAAAUGGCACUGGAGGAUCAUUGUGUCAAACAAAAUUCUGAAAUAAUUCAGCUUAAACGUUUGGUCCGUUCUCCUUGAAAAUGGAAACCCGAUACUGGUGGUACAUCUACAUCUCCUCACAACUUUUUGGUGCUUGCAGAUUCAACAAUACAAGCAAGAGCGUGAGUGCAAUGUAUUAAUUGAUCAAUUACGUGAAGAAAAAAUCAGUCGGCUUGAGAGUCUUAUGGAUGGUAUUUUACCCGCUGAAGAGUUCAUCGAAGAAGAAUUUGCCUCCCUUUUGAACGAACACAAGGUUUGACAUUUCUCAUUUGCUAUUUAGCGUAUUCUGUUCAUCAACUUUGUGUUAUUUUUCUUGGAUUGCAUUAUUGAUGCUCCACUCCACAUAUUCUUCACCCAGCUGUUGAAAGAGAAAUAUGAUAAUCACCCCGAAGUUCUAAGGAUAAACACGGAGUUAGUAAGUGCUCAAGAUGAGUUGGAAAGGUACAGAAACUUCUUUGACUUGGGUGAGAGGGAGGUUCUGAUGGACGAGAUACAAGAUUUAAAGAGUCAUUUGCAGUAUUACGUGGAUAAUUCUCCCAUACCACCUCGUAAGACCACUUUGCUCGGAUUGGCCCGUCUCUCUGAACCCAUUCAGGCUCCUGUUGUAAGAACUACAGGACCAGAAAGAGAAUCUGUUGCUGAGAGAUUUGAAGAAGAGAGGCGCCGCUGGACUGAAACAGAGAGCGAGUGGGUAUCUCUUUCUGAAGAAUUGCGACUUGAGUUGGAAGCAAGCCGUUCACUUGCCGAAAAUUUGAAGAUGGAGCUCGAUUCUGAGAAGAAAUGCUCAGUGGAGCUGAAAGAGGCCCUACAGGCAGCGAUGCAGGGUCACACUCGGAUUCUUGACCAGUAUGCAGAUCUUCAGGAGAAGCACAUGGGUUUACUCGCCAGGCACCAGCAGAUCAGAGAAGGGAUUGAGGAUAUUAAACAAGCAGCAGCUAAAGCUGGUGUCAAGGGAGCAGAAUCAAAGUUCGUCAACUCCCUCGCCGCUCAAGUAUCUGCACUGAGGGCAGAGAGAGAGAAAGAGAGACGAUAUUGGAAAGACGAAAAUAAAGGACUGCAAGCUCAACUGAAGGAUAUGGCCGAGGCUGUGCAGGCUGCAGGGGAGCUAUUAGUGCGGCUCAAGGACGCAGAAGAAGCUUCAGCGAUUGCUCAGGUUAGCUGGAUGCGUUUUCCAUUCCUUUCAAUAGUAAGCAUGGUUGUCAUUGCGACGACGUUUAGGAUUUAAUUGUGAGUCGUGACUUUAAUUGACCUAAAACCCAAAAAGUAAACAUGCUUCCAUUGAAAAUCUUUCACCUGUAAUUUUUUUUUUUGGUGAUUUUCUGGAGUUCAGGUAGAAUAUUUUCUUCUUAUGAUCCAGAUUGAGUACAGAUUCGUAUUGCCAGAAAUAGAUUAAAGUCUACUCAUUUCUUCUAACUAAAGAAAUUGUGAUAAUUUCCCAGCGAUUUGCGAUUGGUGAUUAAGUUCACUGCUCCAGUUCAUUAUUAUCACGGAAAUGGGAAAAAAGGGACACUAAUGACGUCAAUGCAGACAUGUUUGGAUGUUAUAAUCAGUAGUUAUCAUCCACAAGACAUCGAAAUCUCUGGAUGAUCAAUCAAAAGUCGUCAUGGGGAUCAUAAGAAGUUGUUGACGUCACCCAAAUGAACGAUGAAAAAUCUUGAAAUCUAUUCAUAACAUUUUGGGGGCAUUAUAAUCAGAUCCUUUGGCUCUGAUUCUUGCAGAGGCGGACGGUAACAGCUGAGAAAGAGGCUGAGAGGGCUCGCCAAGAGAUGGACAAUCUGAAGAAGGAACAUGACAAGGAGAUCGACGCACUGAAGCAAAUUCUUGCCGAGUCUCGGUUGGCCGCAGAAGCUUUGAGACCUGCCGGCGAUCAUGGCGGUGGCGGUGGCGGUGGUGGUAGUGGUGGGAGUGUCUCUAGCCAGCAAUGGAGGGAAGAGUUUGAACCCUUGUACGAUCCCAGCGAGUUCUCAAAGGGAGCUGAAGAAGCUUCCUGGUUCUCCGGGUACGACCAGUGCAACAUCUGA